CCGGAAACUCAGCGCACUCAUUUACCUUGAGGGUAAAAAAAAAAGUUUGUCGACUUCUUCGGUGUCCUCCUGUUGAUGUAAAAUGAUUAGUUUUGGCGGUAUUUUACACUAACUGUUGCUGCGCCGUGCGUUCGGACCAGCGAGGCCACCUUUAACGUCAACUGCCAGCGGAGCUUUUGAAGAAGCGGUGGCGCCAACUUAUCCAAAUAAAGUUAACGGCACGUCGGGGAAGCUAACGGAGCUAAAGCUAGCUGGCCGUGACAGCGCUCAGGUUGCUGACGUCACGUGACGGAGUCCAACUUUGACCUCGCCGCGUCCACCUGAGAGAAGAUGGAGUAUCACCGAAGUAGCUAGCGGUCACAAGAAAACCGAGUCAGGAUGGCCGCGGACUCCUCGGUUAACUUUAACCUCCUCCAUCGGACGUGUAAGCUGGUGGUGCUGCUCUGCUUCCUCCACAUCACUGUCACCGUCUUCUUCUACGUCCGCUCUCUGGACAUCCCCUUCGCCUUCGUCCAGAACCAGCAGAGCCACAACAACGGCACCGGUACUGAAUUGAAGCGGACCCUGGACGCCGGCCCCUCGCCUACUUUCCAACCGAAGACGGAAAGUCUGGAUAAAUGUCCCGAAACGUCUCCUCUGCUCGUGGGUCCCAUGCGGGUGGAGUUCAACAAUCCGGUGAGCCUGGAGCUCAUCAAGAAAGAGAACCAGCGCAUUGAGCCGGGUGGACGCUAUAAGCCAAAAGACUGCAAGGCGCUGCAGAAGGUCGCCAUCAUCAUCCCGUUUCGCAAGAGAGACGAGCACCUCAAGUACUGGCUCUACUACCUUCACCCCAUCCUGCAACGCCAGCAACUGGACUAUGGAGUCUACGUCAUCAACCAGGACGGAGACGAGAUCUUCAACCGGGCCAAACUGUUAAACGUGGGCUACGCCGAGGCCCUGAAGGACUACGACUACGAAUGUUUCGUCUUCAGUGACGUGGACCUGAUCCCCAUGGACGACCGAAAUACGUACAAGUGUUUCGGUCAGCCCCGACACCUGUCCGUGUCCAUGGACAAGUUUGGCUUCAGGUUACCGUACAAUCAGUACUUUGGGGGGGUGUCGUCCAUGUCCAAAGAACAGUUCCUGACCAUCAACGGCUUCCCCAACAACUACUGGGGGUGGGGGGGUGAGGAUGACGACAUCUACAACAGGCUAGCAUCCAAAGGAAUGUCCAUCUCCAGGCCGAGCAACGAAGUGGGGAAAUGUCGGAUGAUUCGACACGUACGAGACAAGCAGAACGAGCCCAACCCUCAGCGGUUUGACCGAAUUGCUCACACCAGGGAGACGAUGAACAAGGACGGCAUCAAGUCGCUGUCCUACAAGCUGGUGUCCAAACAAACCUUGGAUCUCUUCACCAAGAUCACAGUAGACAUCGGAAAGCCGUGACGAGUAAGCGGACCAUCGCAAACCCAAUGUGCCUUCAAUCAUGCUGGACCACGUUGUGUUGUUUUUGCACUUCCUUUGUUACUGGACCCUUAAACGUGUCACUCAAGCAAGCAAGCAAGCAAUCUGAACUAUUGAUGGACAAGCGCUACAGCUGUGGUUGACGUGCUAUUUUUCCUUAGGGGGGUGGGGGGGGUCAAAAUCAUCUCAAAUCUGAGCGUAUUUUUGUUGGCAUGACAACCGAUCGCCUGUCCGAGAAUGUGAACCCGGAUUAAUUGAUGAGCUUUAAUUGCUUUUUACCUGUGUUCCACCGUGGACAAUCAGUGCCUUACGGCCUCCCGAGUGUCUCCAUGACGAGCCUCAUCAUUUAUUGGUCAGCUUUAAUCACUUUGUGUGCGUGUGUUGGUGUGUGUGUGUGUGUGUGUGUGUGUGUUUGUGUGGUGAAGACAAUCAGUGCUUAGUGGCUUCCAAGUGUCCUUACGACAUGCAGUGUCAUUGAUUAUCGAUCAGCUUUAAUCGCACGGACAUGUGCGCGUUAAAAGUUUACGCCGAAGAUGUUCACACACUGAACUUUGAACCCUUCAUGUUAAACAUUGACAGAUGGAGGAUGUGACGGACAUAGCUCAUUUUCACAAUUAAAGCACUUUGUCACUGUGUUUGCACAUGUAUGUUUUUGGGGGAUAAAAGUGGUGC